CAUGCUUUAGCUCCACUUACUACUUUCACCGACCACUUUUCUCUCCCUUCUUUCUCGGAACAAGUUGGUCCACGCCCUCAAAACCAAACCACAUCGCGAUCGACCAUGAAAGUCACUAUUAAAGAGUGGAACGGGGUUGCCACUUGGCGUUGGGAUAUGCCCGCGGAUGAUGUUUGUGGUAUUUGUCGCGUCCAGUUCGAUGGGACUUGCCCGACUUGCAAAUUUCCCGGUGAUGAUUGUUCACUACUGCUGGGCAAGUGUGGACAUUCCUUUCAUAUGCAUUGUCUCAUGACUUGGAUCCAACAAGAAUCUUCGAAGGGUCUUUGUCCGAUGUGUCGUCAAAAGUUCGAAUGGAAACAAGAAGAUGAUGAAUAAGCCCAAAUACCAUGCGUCCCGGCAGCCGCGAUGGGAGAGGCGUUCAAGCUCGACAGAUACGAUACCCUUCUUUUAGCAUUAAGUCGCAAUUGUUUCUUUUUUUUUUUUUUUCUGUACAAUACAGACCGUUAUCAACAUCGCUAGCUUCGGUACAGUCA